AUGGAACGGCUUUGCACAUGUUGGGAAUAUAAGGUUUCAGAGCAAGUCCAUACAAUCAGAACAAAUACAAAUCCUCAUCUCAAUACUUGCUGCACUCUUACCCGUAUCAUUUUGACAGAGCAAAAGAUUACUCUCAUGGCACAUGAACCAGACGACUCAGCGGCGCCUUCAACCUCUACCAAGAGAGAAUUACUGCAAGUCGACAAACCGGAGAACCGAUUCGUUGAUCGACCAGAGCAGGCAACUGAAGCCCAGAAAAGCCGUACUGGCACGCAAUUCACAGAAUGCAAUAUAUUUCGACACGACAUCCCAGAGCAAGACCAGACACUGCUCACCGAAAAGUUGAGGGCGCUCCACGCCCAUGAAGACCCAUUCUCACUACCACCUCCAGACAUCGAACGUCUCGCACAGACAUGCCUCGGGUGGAUCAUCAACGAACAUGUCCCACCACAUGAGACAGACUUCGUGUCCCAGCUCACGAGCCACGCCUUAGCCCGAGCCCUCGAAGACGGCCUGGACAAGGUAACAGCCUCGCGGUUCCAGGAUUUCGUCCUGGCCACGACCCUCGCAUACACCGCAUGGCGAGACCACAGAGACCCAGCACAGCGACUGUCAAUCCGCGACCUGCACCGAACGAGCUACCUAGCCGGCUCAUCACUUCUGCAGAAUCUGGACCGCCACCUCGACCCAGCCACGCUCGAGGGAUGCCCGAGACCGACGCUCCAGGCACUAUUCCUCGUUCUGUUUGGCACAAUAUUGGGCGUGGCCUACUCGACACAAAUAGGGGCUGGACCACCAAGACUCUCAGCGGACCUGUCCGGAAAGGUCCUCACGGAGAGCCCAACGCCGUACGUCAACAUGAAGGAGCGCCUCUGCCACCUGCUCGCCGACAGGCUGGCGCUCCUGGCUCAGCUCCUCUGGGACAGCAAGGCCGAGGCCGCGGAAACAACACGCGCGCGCGUUCUUGACGGGUGUCUCAUGGGCCGGUGGGCCCGGGCCGGGUCCGGGUCCGGGCGAUGGGCCUGGGGCAACCUGAUGCCUCACUACGCGUGGCCGGCGCCGAGCGACUACUCGCUGGACUGGCUCGUGCAACGCCCGGGUGGGACGUUCCAGCCUGUGCCGCGUGCCGCCAUGAUGUGGUGCCCUGAGGUCUUGAGUCCGCUGAUGCCGAGGAUGGAUACGUCUGACAGGGGGAAGCGGAGGUCCAUGCUGAUUGUUGGUCCGACAACGCAUGGACAGCAUAUGUACACCCGCAUGAGGACACACGCUGGAUCUGAGGGACCGCCGCUUUUCGUAUAA